UGUUGUGCCACCCCAUUCAUGUUUGAAAUUAUGAUUGACAGUAAUGUUAUUGUAUUAUUAAAAUGGAUCAACCAGAAUUUAAAUUUCAAAAUAUAUGCCGUGCAUGUAAAAUAGAAAAUAGUGAAAUGUGUUCAAUUUAUGAACAGGAUUUAAUUGAUAACAACAUAUCGACAUCAUUAACAAUAACACCUGCAGACAUGUUAAUGGCAUGUACAUCUGUCAAAGUCACCCAAAAUGAUGGAAUGCCCCGUAAAAUUUGUAUAAAUUGUAUAAAUAAAUUAAAAUCAGCAUUUAUAUUUAAAAAACAAUGUGAAGAAACCGAUACAUUCCUACGACAGUGUUUAGUAUCCGGUACAGUUAUUAAAACGGAAGAAUGGAAUCAAAAUCAUUUGUUUAAUGAAUUGUUAACGGAUACGGAAGGACAACCUCAAAAUAAUAAUGAUAUUAAGUUAGAACCAUUAGAUAAUAGUUUUGAAAGUAGUUUAUUGAAACGGAAACGUGGACGACCAAAGAAACAUGAUGAGACAACGGAUUCUGAUUUUAAGGGUAUAUUAGAUAAUAUUAGCAAGGAAGAUCCAGAUAAUCCAAAAAUUGAGACAAGCAAACGUGGCCGUUCACGAAAAUCCAUGGUAAAAUAUGAAGAAGACAAUUUUAGUGAUUCACAUUACGAUUUUGGUGAUGUUGUCGAUCCAACAGAUCUAUUGAACAGCACACUUAGCGGUAGUGAUAAUGAUCCAGAAUGGACUGUUUCAGAUAACGAAAUAAUCGUAAAGAAAAAUGAAUCAGAUGAAGAAGAACCCACCAUAGCAUCCACAAACGAACGGAAAAAACGUGGCCGUCCAAAGAGUGAACAGAAAAUCUAUGAAUGUACCCAAUGUGACAUGAAAUUCAAGAGCAAAACAUAUUUACGACAACAUGAAACUAGUACGCACGACGAUACGUUACCAUUUAUGUGUGAAAUAUGCCCGGAGAAAUUCGCACGACGCGAUUAUUUAAUUGAUCACACAAAAGGUCAUUUAAAUGAUUUAAGUUGUGAUAUUUGUGAAGAAAAAUGCGAAACAGUGGAACAAUUAACGAAGCAUAAACUCACCAAACAUUCGAUAACAGAAUCGACAACGUUAAAGAUUCGUAAUAAAAGCGAUAAAGAAAAAUAUAAAUGUGAUACAUGUGAGAAAUUAUUUAGUUCACCGAAACAUCGAGAUAAUCAUAUCUAUUUGGCGCAUAAUAAAAUUUAUUAUUGUAAAACGUGUACGGUACCGUUUCGGGGUCGUGAAGCAUUUUAUAUACAUAAUACACGGAGUAAUGAGUGCUCGAAAAAACAUUUAUGUCCGGAUUGUGGUGCACGAUUUUCAGCUACGUCUGCAUUAAAAGUACAUAUACGCCGUCAUCGUGGCGAAAAACCUUUUAAGUGUCAAUAUUGUGAAAAAGGUUUUUCACGGAAAUUUGAUUUAAUCACACAUGAAACAAGACAUCGAGGUGAAAAAAAUCAUUUAUGCACGAUAUGUGGAAAGGGCUUUAAUAGACGUCAUAUGUUAACAAUACAUAUGCGCACCCAUACUGGUGAAAAACCUUAUAAAUGUAGUUAUUGUGAUGCAGCAUUUACACAAAAUAAUGAUUUAAAGACACACAUACGACGCCAUACUGGUGAACGUUUUAUUUGUGACAUUUGUAAUGAAAAGUUUUUAAUGCAUUAUCUACUAUCGAAACAUAAACGUGUUGUGCAUGGUAUCAACAUACCACCAGCGAAACCAAUACUAGAACGUGUUCCUGUCCAACAAUCACCAACUGAUAGUAAUCAAACAUAAAUAUUUAUUUAAGACACAUCAAAAUCUGAUUUAUAUUUUUUGGUACGAGAGCUGUAGAGAGAUGUUUUUUAAGAGUGAAUUUUAAAAUGCCUGAAUUUUGGAUAAUACUUAUUGAAAUUUGACAGAGAUGGAAUACGUCUUGAACCUGUAAGCGGUUGUGUUUUCUAACGUGUAAUGCUCGUUACUGUUCCACAAAGAUUUGAAUACGUUUUUUUUUUCAAAUUAAUUUAACAAUAUAUAGCGCGAUGUUAGCUGUCUGGAAAUUAUAAUUUAUAUUGCUACAAGGGCAUGAAAAAUAUGUCUUUAGGGGAUGUGAACUCGUAAACGCAACCGCUGUUAGAUGACAAACUUCAUCAUUACCUAUUUUCAAUAAGACAAAAAAAUAUCCAAAAUCCAGUCGAUCUGAAAUCAACUUUUUCGUGACGUUGCCAGCCAAAAGCCGAUCGUGGCAAACACUCCCUAUUAACACCAAAGCUUGCUGACAAAUUCUGGAUAAUUUACAUCACAAUUUUAUAAAAUACAUUACAAGACGACGAGUUUUGUUUUAUUUACAUCACUUAUUUGCCCAGUAAAAACUUUAAAGAAAAUUUUAUGUUUGUCAGAUGUCACUGGAAAGAGGAUAUCGCAUCUAAUUUUACCACAAGUGAUAUGAAUAAUUUACUUCAAUAGGAAAAGAAAAUUGAAGAAGAGGGUGUGGAAGUUUGACUGAAGUAUGUUUUGUGAUUUACGUUCAUCUAAACAAAAAUUUGGCUUCUAAAAUAUUAAGAGCUAAAACUGUCAAAUUUUUAUCGUGUCUUAGUUUUGCUAAAUCGCUAUCGUAACGUUUCCACCCUUGAGGAUCACCACCCUUCAUAGAAAUUGUAGGUUAUGUUACCAUCAACUUUAUAUAUAUAAUAAUUACAUACACGACUGUUGUUUUUACCAAUAUUACGUCACCAAAAUGGCGUUUUUGCGUGUUUAUUUUGCCGAAAUAUAUUUUUUUGUGACUUUUGAUUAGGAAAAUAAACAUUUUGAAGUAAUUUUUCACACAUAGAAUAUUCUAUUAUUAAUGCAAAAAAUCCAAGCUACGACGAAAAUUUGACAGAUCAGACUCUUGGGUGUUUAGACUCAGUUUGACUGAAAAUUUUAUUCUAUAUUUUUGGGAAUUUUGUACCAAUUGAGAAUAGUUUUUGAAUUUGUAAAUUCUGAAUGUUGCGUUGAUAUCCAUUUCCAGGAUUUCUAUUGCAAACAUUCAAUU